AUGUUCUCUGUCCGGACUCUCCUCUUUGCUUCCUCUCUGAUCGUUGCCAGCGUUUUGGCUACUCCGGCCAACUUCAAGGUGACUCGUUCGCUGCCUGAAGGAGAUGUUACCUGCGGUAGCACCGUCUACACCCUUUCCGAAGUUGAAAGUGCCGUCUCUGGCGGUUUCAACCAUCUUGAUGACCCCAUCGGUGAUGACUCCUACCCUCAUAUUUAUCACGACUACGAAGACCUCGAUAUGUAUUGCUCGGGAAGUACUUGGUACGAGUACCCAAUCUUGAAAGGCGGGACUGCUUACUCCGGUGGAGACCCUGGUGCUGACCGUAUCGUGUUCAACCCCUCGGGCACCUACUGCGCUGUGAUUACCCACACUGGUGCUUCCGACGACGACUUCCUUGCUUGCAAAGGCGAUUGA